AUGUCUUCCAUAGCGUUUGUCAACACCGAGUAUAUUGUCGGCACUGAGUACAACAUCAGCAACCACUCCGUCGCCAUUGAAGUUGACUUCGCGAAUUAA